ACCUGGGCCGGGCCCGGCGGCUGCUGGAGCGUCUUUUCCCGUCUGCUCCGCCCCCGCCGGAGCCGGGAAGUGGGAGAAGGAGCGGAGGAGGCGGCGGGAGGCUGACGUGCCGGCGGAUCCUGAGCUGGCCCGGCCCGGCCCGGCCUCGGGGGAGCCGGGGGAACCGGGGGAGAGCAUGGAACCGGCGGCCGGACCGCGGUUGCUCAAGGCGCUGCUCUGGCUCUCGUUCGCCGGCAGCCUUGGGGAGAAGGACCUGCCGGAAAAUUUCCCACAUCUUACCAAUGUGAGUGUUUCAGUGGAACAUCUCUGUACGCUAAUUUGGACAUGGAAUCCUCCAGAAAGGACUGUUAAGUCUUGUAGUCUGCUGUAUUUCAGCUACUUGGACAAAGAAAGUCAAAGGGAAUGCAGUAUAAAUGCUUAUCGUGAAACAACAGUGGCCCUCAAUGAAAAAGUUUGUAUCCAAGUGAGAUCUCAGUGUAACUGUAAUCAAAGUGAGAGUUCCAGUGAAUUGGUAAAAUCCUGCACUCCAACCCCAAGAGGCGAUCCAGAAACGGCAGUGAGGGAUUUGCACUGCAUUUGGCAGAGCUUGAAGUCCAUGAACUGCUCUUGGCUGCCUGGAAGGAGAGCACCACCAGACGCGGACUACACUCUGCACUACUGGUAUUCUGGCCUGGAAGUAAAUCACCAAUGUACGGACCUCUCUGUGAGAGGAGAGCUCAUUGCUUGCAGUUUCGCGUAUUCCCCUAAUCAAAGUGGAGAGGUCCAGAUCAUGGUCAGUGACAGUUCCGGGAAGGUGAGGCCCUUCUAUCAGGUGAUCUCUUCAUCUUCCUUCGUGAAACCUGAUCCUCCACUGAUUACAAAUCUCUCAAAAGCCAAUGAUUCAGUAUAUGUGGAAUGGGUGGAUCCAGUACAUUUUCCCAGAGGUUGCUUAGAAUACCAAGUAGAGACCAAAGACAGCCUGUCCAGGGAAUGGAAACACCGAAAGGUGGUGAACCCAGAAGAUGUUUGCCAGACUUUGUUGGCUACCCAGGAGCCUGAGGAAAACUCACAGGUUACAAAUUGUUUUAAACUCUUCACUUUUCAUCCUGGCACUAUACUGACUAUCAGAAUCAGAGCCAAAACCAGAAAUAUUUGCUAUGACUCUGACAUCUGGAGUGAGUGGAGUGAAGAGAAGAGUAUUGGUGAAAAAGCAGACUACACAUUCUAUAUCAUCAUAUUGCUCACAAUUCCAGUCAUUAUAACGGUUGCUAUUAUAAUUCUACUCCUGUACCUAAAGAGACUAAAGAUCAUAAUUUUUCCACCGAUUCCUGACCCUGGAAAAAUUUUUAAAGAAAUGUUUGGCGAGCAGAAUGACGAUACCCUGCACUGGAGGAAGUACGACAUCCAUGAAAAGCAAAUGAAAGAAGAGACUGAUUCUGUCGUGUUGAUAGAAAAUCAGAAAACGUCUUCAUAGCAGAAAUAAUUUAUUUUGAUCUUCCAAGUGACAGAGUGGAGCUUUCUUCCAUUCUUCUUUGGUUACCCUGAAGAUGGUUGAGCGGAAACUAAAAUAUUGGACCAACUUGUUGGAACAGGCAGCUCAUAUGAAAUGGAAUUCAAAGCUAACAAGCUCCCGCUCCACAGCUCUAGGCCUCGGGCUCUCUGGUGAGAAGGAAAGGAGGAAAUGUCAUCAAAGUAAAAAUAGCCAGUUCACCACCAGGGAGAUCUUACCCCUGGGAUUAUGUGGCUGCUCGCUUGGGUAGCCCCAGCUAUAAACAGAUGAAAGACCAAAGGAUCACGGGUCGAUGUGUUACCAAAGAGAAAGAAAACCCUUUUUCUGGGAUGCUUCAAAAUUCAGCCUUACCUGGAGGAGGUGGCAGCUGUGGUGGAGAAGAGAGAGGAAACAGAAGGCCUCUCGAGUUCUCCUCUUACACCUAAUGAACGUUUCUGUUGAGUAAGGAGAAUGAAUGCUAUUUUUCAGUGACGCAGUCUUGCAGGGAGCGGGUCAUCCUUGGGGACCCCGUCAUUUAAGUGCUUAGAGCAGCGCUCUGCACACAGUAAGUGUUCAAUAAAUACGAAUGAUGAUGCCAGUGAAAAGUUGUGCUGGAACUCCAGCGAGACCCUCUGUGGACCACUGAGCUGCUGCGACUCCUCAGCUCGAAGCUCUUUUUAGUACAGCAGAGUCAGGGGAAGUCGCCCUCUGUGGCAACUUCCAAACCUCUAUGUCUCCCAGGAGUAGUUAAGCAACAGGCUCUGAACCAACUGAGAUGGCAGGAGGUGGGGGAUCCUUGUGGCCAAAUCCAGUUCUGCUUUUCUCCUCUCUUUGCCCCUUUUCCCUUUCCCCCACAGUCCCAUCCUUUUUCUCCCCUUGGCCUCUGCCUGGCAGACCUUCCCUCUUCACGUGCCCCUUUAUGAUUUCCUUUACCUAAUGGAAAAGGAACUAGCCCACUUGGAGCGCACAGAGAUGCCUCACUGGUCUACCUGCCCCCCUGUUCCCUAUACCCCAUGCUUUCCCUUAGCCCUCCGAGGGUUGGGGUGAUUUUGUGCCUGAGGAAAGUCUGCCCAUCCUUGUAUCUCAGUAUUUUCACAUUUAAGUGUAAAUGUUUGUAAAUAUUGUCUAACUAGUCUGCUGGUUGGUUUCUCUCCAUCCUGAUUAAUUGGGAUAUCUGCUAUGUAGAAAGCACAGUGCCUACUCCGUGUUCUUUCCCCUUUGAAGUUGACCCCAGAGGCUUCAUUCCAAUUGUUAGCGGUAAGGGGAGUGCUUUGUCUCAUCCAAUAGCCAAUCAGCCACAGAGUCGGGAUGGUCCCUAAGGGAUGUAGAGCCUCUGGCAACUAAUGGUGCCCAGCUGGGGAUGGAGUGGCCAUGGACUGUUGAAAGAGUGGGUGUCCCCCUCCUAUAUCUCUUCCCCUGUCUCCCAAAGUGACAAAAUCACAAGGGAUGUGCUGUUGCCUACCGCCUCUCCCAGAGGCAGCCCUGAGCCCAGCUCCUGAGAGGCCCCGCCCUGUCCAGUGAACAGGACUCUGAAGAUCUGUCAUUGCCCGGAGGCUCAGGCUUGGAUGAGCAAUGGUCCUGCCUUCUCCUGCUGCCCCUCAUAGCAGUAGGUACCCACAGUUCCUCAGUUCUGGUGGAGGGACCCAGUGACUGGGCCUGGGGCUGUUUCCCCAGUUAACCCCACUCUGGAUCAGCACCAUCUGCUAACUGGCUGCAAAGAGUCCUUAGGUGGUGAUAUCUGAGGGAGGAAAUUCUAAGACUCGGAAAUCCACCUCCAACUGGAAAGCCAGUUGUGUGACUUAUUUUCAUGGACUUUUGCCCCCAGGUGCUUGGAUAACCUCUUCUUAGAACAGUAAUUCUCAUUUUGUUUAAAAACAAAGAAUUUAUCAGGUAUUGCUGAGUCUGGGCAGUAAGUACAACAGUUGUUUUUAUUUUUUAAAUACAUUUUUGUUACGCGAUCUUGCUACUUUUGAUUUGGGGUGAUUUUGUAAUGCCUGAUGUUGAAAGUUGAAGUAGAAUAAAUGUGGAUUAUAUUUACCUCA